AGCUGGGUGUUGGACUCCUUGCACCUCCCCCGGUGUCCAAUGUCAUCCUAAUAGUGUACAACAUGGUGUAACCCACAGCUUGUAGGAAGUAGAUGGGUGGAAUUGAUCCCAGCCCUGAUCACACACAGAGGAUCCCCUCUACUGACUAGGGUCUGAUGAACCAGGGGGUCUCGCAGCAAAGAAUAUAGACCAAUAUGAAGGUAGAGUUUGCGCCUCUCAAUAUCCCCCUGACCCGGAGACUGCAGACGGCAGCUGUGUCUCAGUGGGUCUUCUCUUUUUUGUUACUGGCGCAAUGUUGUGUGGGAAUAUUCCUUAUGCUGGUACUCGCCAGGUUCUGGCUCCUGACAUCUCUAUAUGUUCUCUGGCUCUAUUUGGACUGGGAAACCCCACAAGCUGGAGGCCGCAGGUGUGAGUGGGUGCGGAGCUGGACCGUGUGGAAGCACUUCAAAGAAUAUUUUCCUAUUAAACUCAUCAAGACCGAAGAUUUGGAUCCUCAGCACAAUUACCUUUUGGGAUUUCACCCUCAUGGCGUCUUAGUCGCUGGAGCUUUUGGAAAUUUCUGCACAAACUACACUGGGUUUAAGGAGCUUUUCCCAGGCCUGACUCCUCACCUGCACAUCCUUCCCUUCUGGUUCCGCUGCCCCUUCUUCCGAGAGUACGCCAUGUCUGUUGGUCUAGUGUCAGCUUCUAAGAAGAGUGUGACGCAUGUCCUGAGCAAACCGCAAGGUGGAAAUGCUGCAGUCGUAGUGGUUGGAGGAGCUGAGGAGUCAUUGGAUGCUCAUCCUGGAAAUCUAACUCUCCAUAUCCUGAAUAGGAAAGGAUUCAUCAAAGUGGCAUUGAAGAGAGGAGCCCAUUUGGUGCCGGUAUUCUCUUUUGGUGAGAAUGAAUUGUUUCUUCAGGUGCCCAACCCUAAAGGGUCUGUGCUGCGGAAUAUACAAGAGAAGCUACAGAAGACACUGGGCUUUGCUGUACCUUUAUUUCAUGCCCGUGGCAUCUUCCAGUAUAGCUUUGGACUAAUGCCAUAUAGAAUGCCCAUCCACACUAUUGUAGGCAAGCCCAUCCCAGUGAAACAAACCUCAAACCCCACUCAGGAAGAGAUCGACGAGCUUCAUCAGAUCUACCUCAAGUCCCUCCAGGAACUGUUUGAGGAGAACAAGGCAAAGUAUGGUAUCCCUGAGCAUAAAUCCCUGAUCGUUACAUGACCUUCACUACGCGGCUCUUUUAUAGGACUGGAACUAAUACAAAAAGACCUGUGGUACAAAACAUUAAUACCAGAGUGGUAAACGCGACACAUUGGCUUAUUAUUCACACAAUAUCUGUACAUUUUUGUUUUCGCACAGUGUAAUGCUUCAUACCUGCACAUUUAAUUCUCCAAGAAAAAUAUAAAAAUGCUCCAUAGUUCACAAAGCACUCACAUAUGUCUCUUAUCUUCUGCAUCAGAAAUGUAAAUUGCCUUGCUGGCUGAAUGAGCAUAAUGGGGUGUAAAGUUCUAUGACUGGAUUUGUCAGUGUGUGUUCUAUUAUACACUGUAUGUUAGGGUUAUUUUAUUUACCCAUCACUAUAGAAAUAAAUGAAUAUAUAAGAAC